AGAAGCAGUCACUGAGAAGGAAGCUUUCACUGAGCAGAAGAACACCAGUCCCUCCGAGAUGCCGACGAAGCACCGGAGAAAGGGCUCAGAUGAUCCCCAGGAAGUUUCAGAGAAGACCAGAGAGCAACAGGUGGAGAUGGAGCUUAGGAAAUUAAGGCAGCAGUUCCGGAAAAUGGUGGACAGCCGGAAGUCCUUUAACUUCCGCUCCCAGCAGAAGAUCAUGAACCAGUGCAAGAAGAUCAAGACCUUGCAGGAGGAGCAUGAUGAGAUCAACCUGCUUCUGGGGCUCAUCAAAUCCUCUAAGAACCUGGAUCUGAAUGAGAAGAACUACAUGGAGCUGCGCUUCCUGCAGCAAACCCAGGAGGACUACAAGACCCUGAAUCAGUCCCUGAAGACACUGCUGGCUGAGCUGGAGGAGAAGAUUGCUCAGGUAGAACAAAAACUUGUAAACCAAAAGCAGAUCUUCACCAAAAUGCAAGAGGCCAAUAACCCCCGGAAACUGCAAAAACAGAUCCACAUUCUGGAAACCCGUUUGAAUCUUGUCACCGUCCACUUUGACAAUAUGUUGACCACCAAUGCCAAGCUCCGGAAGGAGAUUGAAGACCUCCGGUUUGAGAAAGCCGCUUAUGACCACGUCUACCAGGAGCUGCACAGGCGCCUGUCCAUGCAGAAGAAAACCAUGAAUGUGGCCAUUGAGCAGUCUGCUCAGGCUUACGAGCAGAGGCUGGAAGCCAUGGCUCGGAUGGCCGCCAUGAAGGACCGCCAGCAGAAGGACAUCUCUCAGUACAACUUGGAGAUCCGGGAGUUGGAGCGCGUCUACGCCCACGAGAACAAGCUCAAGUCCUUCCUGCUCGUGAAGCUGAAUGACCGCAUGGAGUUCGAGGAGCAGGCCAGAAAGGAAGAAGCCCUCAAGGCCAAGAAGCAUGGGAAGAAGCACAAAGGGGAGAGUUUCGAGAGCUACGAGGUGGCCCACCUCCGGCUGCUGAAGCUGUCCGAGAAUGGGAACCUGGACCAGCUCAUUGCGGAGUUCCUGGCCAAGGAGGAGAAGAACUUUGCCCGGUUCACCUAUGUCACAGAGCUCAACAAUGACAUGGAGAGGAUGCACAAGAAGACCGAGAGGAUCCAGAACGAGAUCAUCGACUUGAAAUCCCGGCAGAAAUCAUUCCAUGAGGACCAUUGUUCCACCCUGAGACAACUAGAGGAGAAACUGAAGAAGACCACGGAGGAAGCGGAUUUGUACGAGAACAACUACAAGGAGAUCAGCAGGACCUUGGAGAACCUCAGGAACUCGGUGGAGGCUCUGUUCACGAAGAUCCACUGUGACGCCACCAAGGUCCUGGUGCAGCUGGGGGAGACGGGCAAGAUCACCAACUCCAACCUUCCGCAGUAUUUCUCCAUCAUUGAAAAGAAGACCAACGACCUGCUGCUGUUAGAGGCUUGCAAACGGGUCUUCGAUAUGGAAGGGGCAGAGACCGAGGUCCCACCAGCCUUCGCCAACCCUUUCUGGGGUGGCUCAGCCCUCCUCAAGACAUCAGAGGGCAGCAAGGUCUUGCCGCCUAUGUUGACAUUGGAGAUUGUCAGCGAAAAGCUAGAUGAAGUGGAUCAUCCACUGGACCACAGGAGCCUUCGGCAGCUGGUGCUGGACAACUUAAAAUUGAAGGAAGCUCGGACCUCGCGCCUGGAGAGUGACCCAAGAAGGAAAAACUAGCAGCUGGGGCGGUCGGUGUGGCACCACCACCAGUGAGAGUAAACUAUUGUUCUGUCACUGCGA